CGAUGUGUCAUUUUUGUAAUGUCUCCUUUAUUGAACCUUUAACUUUUCACUUAAAUUCUGUAUAAAAUUUUGUAAAAAUAUUGCUCAAUAUGAGUGUUGUAAACCCAGCAUCCGGAGACAGUGAAAUACCAAUGACUGAAGAGAAAAAUGAGAAUUUACUUAUAUCUAAAGUUGCUAACGGUAAUACUGGUGAUGAUAAACAAUCAAACGAAAUUAAUGGUGUAGAACCAAUACACGAGGGUUCAGAAAUAGUUAGUGAACACGAAAAUCUUAAAGAGAGAAUUAAACAAUGUCGUAACAUCAUAGAAUCUCUGAAGUUGGAACUUAAUCAAGAAAAGGCUCGUCUGGAAAUGGAAUCCAAAAUUCACCCCAAUUUGGAUGAACCGAAAGUUACAACUGAUCCCAUUAGAUCAUUGGAGGUCACAUGUCCUUCAGACUUAUAUAGCACUUGUGUAGAAAAUAAAUUAACAUGUGACGAAAACCUUAUACAGUACGAAAAACAAUUGCAAAGGUAUCAGAAUACUCUUAAUAUGGCACAGAUUGAAAAGAAGAACGCCAUAAGGAAGCAUAUGAUUGCAAAGGCUUAUAAAUUAAAGCUGCUAGAAGUUGAAAACCAAUGUAAUAUUGAACUGCUAAGGGUGAAGCAGAGUCUACAAUGCCUUGAGCCAUUGCAAAUGAUCGCUAAUAAAUGGAAAACAAACACUGAUGAAUUUAAUUACGAUUUGGACACCUUUGAGCUGAUGCCGCGAUAUCCAGAACUUCAUGCUGUAUCUGGAAGCGAUGUGUCCUCCGUUAGUGAUUCUGAAAACAAAAACAAAUCUGCAAUUACAUCGGAUUAAUUUAUACUAUCAUUUGUUUUAAUAUAAUUAUUUUAAUGCGAUAAAGCUUUUAUUUCGCUAAUUAAAUGUAUAAUUUGCUGAUAAAAACGGUGUGAAAUUGUGAAUUCAAUAAAUCAGCUCAGCGAGACCUCCGUAGUGGACCACACACAUCGAGGCACGCGCUUCGAAUGCGGCCGGCUCCUUAAUAAUGCGGCGCGAGCGCAUCAUGCUCACUCGGUAUUCGUCGGCGCCCGAUGGGAAGAUCUCGUUAACAUUAAUAUUAUAUCUACCUACAAUUUUGUUCGCGCGGCUGGCCACGUUCAGAGGAGCUUGAAUUUUAUUUUAAUAAGAUUCCAAUUUGUCAAUUAGAAGGCAAAGAGAACUGGUUUGAGACCUAUACCGGAUUUAGUUGCAUUGUACAGGCUAAUAAGUAUAAAUAAUUAUUCUACUUGUGGUUACUAGUAUUUCUCAGUAAGAAUUUAGCUACAUAAGCAUAUUUUCCUUUAAACAUAAUGAGAAAAUUGGUUUAUAAUAAUUAUCUUAAAGCUAAAGGGUAUACGCCAGUUCGUACAAGAUAUCAGUGAAUAUCCAAAACACCUAAUUAUAAAAACACCAGUGACUUCACAUUGGCUGCGGUCGUUAAAAAUAUGCAAGGAAUGUUAACCGAGCGCGACCAACUUGAGUUUGUGGAAGUUGUCUUCUUUUUAUUGUAUGCGAAAUUGAUUAUAAAAUGUAAAGUUUCUUCGCUCAGGUAAAUUUUUAUGGUUUUAUAAAUAAGGCAAAAUGCGUAGCUAUUGAUUCUAAUGUGUUUAUCUUAAUUUAUUUAAAGUGGUGAUGAGGUAGCCUUAGUUUUAAUUUCAGACGGAUGUGUUUUUAAUGGCUUUAAAAAGGUAAAUUACUUUAAAAUAAUGUCCACCGUUCAGGCGAAAGAUAUAUACGUUUAUAUCUGUAGAGUAUGUAAAGCUGGUCGAAAUUAAUUGUGGAUAAUAAAACUAACAAGUUA